AGGACAAGAGGCCAACCGAGCAGGAAACGUUCUUCAUGAAUUUUUCACUUCAACUUUAUCUCAAAGGCAUUUUCAGCGAGCAACUAUCGAAUCGCUCGGGCUUCUUCGAAGGCCUUUAAUCAUUCAACUGUUUGGUGUUGUCGACAUGAAAUCGUCGAUGAUCCACACGGCAAGUUUUAACAAUUAUCAUCCGAAAACCUCAGAAGAAAAAUGGGAGGCUACCAAAGUCGUUGAUCUCUCAUUUUCCUUAAAUUUGUUUCCGAACCUCAUUGCUCUUGUUCCUUCUCAUGUUAAAACCCUGUUCAUUUUUUAAAUCCAGAUCAGCAGCCUCAUCAUUACGUACAUUAUGAUAAUGAUCCAAUUGGAUGAUCAGCAUGGUGACCAAAAUGGUUUCUUUUAAAAAGUUUGACCUGCUUCCAAAGAAGGAUGCUUGAAGAUUUUCUUUUCUAGAAUGAUGAUCAAUGGAAUCUCAAUUUCGCCACGAGCUGAUAAACUGCUCUGAGCAAAUAACGUUCCAUUGUCAAUUGAAUGAUUUCCCCAAAACAACUUGAGUGACGUUCCAUCAAUCUUUCUCUGCUCUGAAAAAAAAAUCUUGAAAAUAUGGAAGUCUUUUAAAAGAAAAGCUAAAAUGAAAUGAAAGGAUGUUCGAAGGGGAGAAAAAUUAGUUAGGAAAUUAAUUAUAAGAAAAGUAGUUCCGUCGUAAAAUCUGUGCGCGCGUCCUUAAUCUGGUUUUUCUGCUGAAUGUAUAACUCGGACAACAGCCAAGAAAAACUCGUAUCUACAGGGGGCGAACCGUUACAAGUUAUUUGGAAAUUCACGCCGUAACGACUGGAGGAAAAUAAUCGUGAGAGGAACAAAAUGGUCAUCCGGUGCGUGUGAAAUAGAGCGAGUCACUUCCAUCGAUUGAAAUUUUUUCUUCUCCAUCUAAGACUCGGUUAUUGAUAAUAAAUUUUCCAAACAUUUACUGCGUUCGUGGAAGCCAGUGUGAACUUAAUUUUCAUAAAUGGAAAACAUGAAUUAACUUGAAUGCUCUCAAGAUAAUUCUCUGUUUAUAUACGAAUCGAUGCCACGUCAUACUACUAACAUUUUCUGAGCCGCGUGCAUCGCGAGUAGAAAAAAGCUUUACCGCCAGCAACAAGAAAACAACGUUUCAAAGAAGCUCCAUUUUAGCGCAGUUUUUGUGGGUACGAAGGGGUCAAAUAUGCUAAGAAAGCAACCGGAAAUUCUGAAGAAUAAUGCAAUUAGCGAGAGAGCACAAAAUGAGAGUUCACGACUUUUCGAUUUCUACGACAUUCUGGAAAGUGUGGCAUGGCUGUGGCGUUUUUUCGGAGUGUUUCCCAUGACAGUAAGAGAAUUAAUGGGCAUCAAAAGAUACGAAAUCAAUAAACUCUUCGCUGUUUUGAGCGUGAUCAUUUUUGUGCUACGGAUCGGAAAUUUCACUUACGUGAUGAUCAAUUUCGAUGAGCAUUUCUGCAAAGAGUCAUUCCGCAUAACCUCGGCGACGAUUCUGGUACGAGCAAUAGGCAAUAUUUCGUGCAUGUUCGCAUCCACCGUUUAUCGGAUACCUCAACUCAGCGUGCUGUCAGAAUCGAUCAACGCCAUAUCGGAGCAAGAUUUAUUUUUGAAUAAAAUGAAUUGCCGACCUUAUCACGAAUCCUGCGUUAAAAUCAUUCGAGUUUGCGUGUGGACGACUCUUCUAGCUGUGCUGUUUUUCAUAGCGUACGAUAUCUAUGGUAUUCGUCGUUACUACAACAUUGUGUCACCGGAGUACAUACUUUGGCACGCUGGCCUGUUCGUCCAGAUCAUUGAUUUCACGGUGUUCGCUACGUUGGUGGGAUUACUCGGACUGAACUUUUAUAAUCUGAAUGAAAAAAUACGAUCAGUCGUGACAAGAGCCAAUGCAUCUUCGCCAAAGGUUCUUGUUACUUCCGACGUUUGCGCCGAGCAAUUACGCUUCAUAUCCGAAAUCCACUACAAUAUGUGUGCAGUUGGGAAGCGAAUAAAUCGUGUCUUCGACUGGAACGUGGUGAUAAAUGUCAUGGUCGCUUUUAUUGUCGUGAGCACAACUCUGUAUUAUAUUUUCUACGAAGUCCAGCGAGCUGGGCCGACGGAUUUAUCCCAAAUUUUUGCUUACAUCCACUGGGAGUUGUACCACAGCGUUCCAAUAGUAAUGAUUGUUAUAGUCUGUAACUUGACAUCUCAUCAGAGUGUCCGCGCUGGAAAAUUAAUUCACGAGAUCCGGGUCGAAAGUACAGAUUCAGAAUUGUACCAGGCUGUCAAAUCGUUUUCGUUACAAUUGCAUCAUCAAAAAUUACAGUUCACAGCCGGUGGUUUUUUCCCCGUUGACUCGACGCUCUUGCAAACCAUGAUUGGAAAAAUCACUACGUACUUGGUUAUUCUGAUACAAUUCAAACCGAAGUUGGAGUAACUUUUGAGUCUGAGAACUUCUUCCUUACAUUUGGUGAAGCUCGAACCGCAAAAAUUCGUGAGUCAAGUGUUGUUCGGUGCCGAACGUGUUUUCAUUCCUGGUAAAAGGUUACAACGCAUUUUCAAGAAUUCUCAAAAUGGAUAACGCUGUUCUACAUUGAAAAGACAGUCCACUCGAUAAGAAAGUUCAAGAAAAAUACAAACUUCUCAUCAAUAUGUGGACCGUGAACUUUCUGGUGUUGGUUUCUUCGUAAAGUAAACUUUUUAACUGCAUAAGAGUUCGCUAAGGAAUUAAAUAAAUGAUUGUUGAUAAGCACAUCGAGUGCCCCUGCUGAAUCUUUUGUCUGCAUAAGAUUAACCGUUGGAUCUGUGCAUUUUUGAGAAGCAAAAAACAAAUGAAUAAAUAAAUUUGAAAAAUGUGA